AUGAAAAGCAUAUUUGCAUUUUCUUUAUUAUUGUGCCUUAUAAUAGAAGCAAUCGUUUCUCUUCAAGACAUAAGAGACGGGAACACGAACGGAAGUCCAAAUCAACAAACGUUUUCACCACCUGGUCCAAAUCCGUCACCUGCUCUUAUAACUGGUCCAAGUCCAUCACCAGCUGGUCCAAGUCCAUCACCAGCUGGUCAAAGCUCGCCACCUAGUCCCAUAACUGGUCCAAGUCCGCCACCUGGUCCUAUAACUGGCCCAAGUCCGUCACCUGCUCUUAUAACUGGUCCAAGUCCAUCACCAGCUGGUCCAAGUCCAUCACCGGCUGGUCCAAGUCCAUCACCAGCUGGUCAAAGCUCGCCACCUAGUCCCAUAACUGGUCCAAGUCCGCCACCUAGUCCCAUAACUGGUCCAAGUCCGCCACCUGGUCCUAUAACUGGCCCAAGUCCGCCACCUGGUCCUAUAACUGGUCCAAGUCCGCCACCUGGUCCUAUAACUGGUCCAAGUCCGCCACCUGGUCCUAUAACUGGUCCAAGUCCGCCACCUGAUUCUAUAACUGGUCCAAGUCCGCCACCUGAUUCUAUAACUGGUCCAAGUCCAUCACCUGGUCCUAUAACUGGCCCAAGUCCGUCACCUGCUCUUACAACUGGUCCAAGUCCAUCACCAGCUGGUCCAAGUCCGCCAUCUGGUCCUAUAACUGGUCCAAGUCCAUCACCAGCUGGUCAAAGUCCGCCACCUGGUCCUGUAACUGGUCCUAUAACUGGCAAAAGUCCGUCACCUGCUCUUACAACUGGUCCAAGUCCGUCACCUGCUCUUACAACUGGUCCAAGUCCGCCAUCUGGUUCUAUAACUGGCCCAAGUCCGCCACCCGCUACAUCUGGUGCAAGUGCAAGUUCAAAACAGUCAUCUACUACUACAACUCGUGCAAAUCCAACUCAGGAAACAUCCAAUCAAGGGCUUCCAUCCUAUGCCCUCGACAAAAAUUCAGAAGUGAUAUUAAUGAUGAAUUGUGCUUUUGGAUUUGUAAUAAGUAUAUUUUUUAGCUUAUGA